AUGGCGCCAUCACCGUUCGCAGCCGGGGCAGCGAAGCCAAACCUCUCGUCAAACGACUCCAAAGUUCUUCAGGCGCUUUUCGACGCAGAAUCGUCUCCUUCACCAGCGUCGUCGACGGCACAGACCGACGAAUCACUCCCUCCACUCCCGCAUAUCUCUGAGUCUGAACUGCCCGCCCUUCAAGAGCGCGAAAUACAAGCGAUCCGCCGCAUACAAACUACAGAUGCCUCUCCCUCAAUCGACGCCAUCAAAACAACUAUCUCCGAACUGUCAGCGCUGAUCACAGACCACCCCAAAUAUGCUUCGGCCUAUGUGAAUCGCGCUCAAGCAUACCGUCUACUCGUCGACGCUGAAAGCAAAGAGCCGUCUUCCUCCUCGUUAUCAGCACCAGCAACUACGCCAACGCCAGUCUCACAGAUCUUCUCCGACCUCGCCGACGCUAUCACCCUCCUAACCCCAAACACCCCAACAUCACCCGUCUCGCCACUCCAAGCACGCAUCUUGGCCAACGCGUACACCCACCGCGCUUACAUUCUUUACAAGGCCGCUCGUACCGACCCUUCCUCCGCAGACGGCCGAAACCAAUUCCUCCCGCCCACUCUACAAGACGCGAGCGACGACCGGCUAGAGGAGUUGGCAAGCUUUGAUUUUCAGGCGGGAGGAAGAUACGGAAAUCCAGUGGCGAAGCAGAUGGCGGUACAUACCAACCCGUACGCGAAAAUGUGCGGUGCCAUUGUCAAGGAUGCGAUGAAGGCGGAGAUCAAGGAGUGGGCAGACCUGAGGUAG